CAAUGCAGUAAGAAGGCAUCCUCCUCCCUCCUGUGGCUCCUAAAGUCAUCGGGCAUCAUUGCCACCCGGCCCUGGCCCCGGGUGUGCCUCACGGUCGUCACCACAACCAUCAUCCUGACCAUGGCUGUGUUCAACAUGUACUUUAUCUACAGCUGCAUCCUGGGGCUGGUCUCCUGCUCAGUGUUCCUGCGAGUGAACUACGAGCUGAAAAUGCUGAUCAUGAUGGCCGCCUUGGUGGGCUACAACAUCCUCCUGCUCCACACGCAUGCCCACGUGCUGGACGGCUACAGCCAGGUCUUGUUCCAAAAACCAGGCAUUUGGAAAGACCUGAAGACCAUGGGCUCGGUGUCUCUCUUUAUUUUCUUCAUCACACUGCUGGUUCUGGGGCGCCAGAAUGAAUAUUACUGUAGGUUAGACUUCCUGUGGAAGAACAAGUUCAAGAAAGAGCGAGAGGAGAUCGAGACCAUGGAGAACCUGAACCGCGUGCUGCUGGAGAACGUGCUGCCUGCCCACGUGGCUGAGCACUUCCUGGCCCGGAGCCUCAAGAACGAGGUCAGCGCGGGCAGGCAGCACCCAGGCGGACGGCCAGCCGGCUGUUUGAACCAUGAGGCAUAUGUCCUGCACAACGUAGAACUGAUGACCUGUCCCCAGCUGAUGACCCGGUUAGAGUCACAGACGCUGCUGGAAGAAAAGCGGUGGCAGAUGUGGCUGGAGUCAUCAGCCGGUAUUAACCACGGCCCCGUAAUUGCUGGUGUGAUUGGCGCUCAGAAACCACAGUACGAUAUCUGGGGCAACACCGUCAACGUGGCCAGCCGGAUGGACAGCACAGGAGUCCUGGAUAAAAUACAGGUGACUGAGGAAACGAGCCUCGUCCUCCAGACGCUUGGGUACACCUGCUCCUGUCGAGGGAUAAUCAACGUGAAAGGCAAGGGGGAGCUGAAGACGUACUUUGUGAACACAGAGAUGUCCAGGGCCCUCUCCCAGAGCAACGUGGCAUCCUGA